GCAGGGCGUCAGCGCUGUCUUCAUCUUUGAGACGUCUCAUUUGUGAAUGUGAGAGCAGGAAGAGAGACAGAGAAGCACGAUGGCUGAAUUCAGAUGGAUUCAAAUGCUUUCAUUCCUGAUCCUGAUGCUUCAGUUUAAAGCAGCAACAACUGGACAAAAUACCUCCAUAUUCGUUGUCAGAGAUGGUGAUGAAAAGACUUUGCCUUGUGGUCAUUCUGACUGUGGCAGGACUCAGUGGACCUUCAAAGGUGUAACAUCCACUGACAUAGUCCAGCUGUUUAUUAAUGGGAUGAUUGUAGAAGAAGCCAAAAAUAAAUCAGACAGACUGAGAGUUACAGCAGACUGUUCUCUGCUUAUAAAGAACAUCACAGUUGGUGAUGUUGGUUGUUACACCUGCAGACACUUUCCGUCACUACACAACCAACAACAAUAUGCAGACAUUCAUCUGUCUGUCAUCAACAUGACUGAACAUGAGAACAAUGGUGAAGUCACCUUGUUCUGCUCUGUGUUGGACUUUGAUAAAUGUGCACACACAGUGCAGUGGAUCUAUGAGGGUGAAGACAAACCCUCAGACAUGAAGAUAUCAGCACGAUCCUGCACUGCCACUGUGACAUUUACAAUAUCUGACCUCAAUCAGAGGUCAAAGUUUUAUGAGUUAUUAAAGUGUAAUGUGAUGAAUCAGAACAGUGAGACAGUGCAGCUGUUUCCUUACAGCCAUCAGUCCUCAGGUUCUGCACUAACAGAUGAAGGUACAGGCAAAGGUCCAUCAUUGCUCUUUAUUAUUGCUCCUGUAUGUUUAGCAGCUCUCUUAAUUGUAGCAGUCAUCAUAUGGAAGAAAACUAAAGGGAAAAAAACACAAGUGGAAGAAAACGCAGGACAGAGCUUAAACCCUGCAGGGACUCCGUCUGCUCCAGGAAGCCAUCAGGACACGGAUGAUCCUGAGGAUGAUGUUAACUACGUUUCCAUCAACCACACCAGGAAUGCCCUCAGUAACACCAGAGCUCAGGUCCACGAUGAUGAAGGUGACACUGUGACCUACAGCGCUGUGACAGCUCCCUCACCUUAUCUCAAAGUUUCCACUGAUCCCAAUGACCUCUAUUCCACCAUCAACAAAUGAGAUAUUAUCCAAGCUUAUAUGUUUUAAUAAAUGCUGUUGUUUUAUUGUGUACUUCAUGGUCACAUGAGGAGACCAAAGGUUUUAUAAAAUAACUGUGGUUUAUUUUAC